AUGUUGGCAUUAUUAUUUUGUGUCUUCUAUUUUCUCUAUACCUCCAUGGCCGAAAAAUGUCAAUGCAACGAUAUAUAUUUUGAAGACUUAUGUAGAGAUGCUAGAGGGUGCUAUUUUGAAGCUAAAUCUGGCAAAUGCGAAGAAAUAAAUUGUCUUGAAAGAACAAGAGACGAUUGCUCAUAUUUUGCUGGAAAUUUAAGGUGUUUCUUUAACAUAACGGGAGGAUAUUGUAAGGAAUUGUCAGGAUGUGAGGAAUUACAAGAAAUUAAAGAAGUUGAUUCUAACGAAGAAAAUUGCUCUGAAAUAGAAUGCCGGUGGGAUUAUUAGUAGAAAAUCUGUGUUUCUGAUGCUGAUCAGAGAUUGUGUCAAGAUUAUGAUGUGUAAUUUUGUGUUGGAGCCAUUCAAGUAGUUGGCAUAAAAACGAGCGAAUGCGUUUUAAAUGGCGAAAAUGCAGACUCUUGUAUUGCUUUAGAAAAUUGCGAAGACAUAACAUAUAACCAUUCAUGCAACUAGUUAUAUUGUAAAUGGGAAGAUAAUGAGUGUAAGACCAAGAAGUGUAGCGAUUAUAGUAUAUACGAAUGUCCAAGUGUGAAUAAAUUAAGUCAACAACAAUGUUAUCCUUCUCAUUCAGGAUGCGUUGAAUUUGUUUGUAGUGAAUUUGCAGUAGAAUUGAAUUGCUAAAAUCACCCAAGGUGUUUUUGGAGUCAACAUCUCAAUUCUUGUCAUCAAUAAACAUGUGAUAAAGGUACAUACGCGACUUAAUGUCUAAGUUUUAGCUACAUUGUAGAUAACGCUGAAUGCAGGUGGGAUGGUGCCAGUUGUCAUUCAUGUUAUUAGAUUGCAUUGGUUCUCUAUUUAAUAACCUAUAUAUUCUAUUGA